AUGAAGGGCAUAGGCACCAAAGUGUACUUUGACAAGUACAACCCUAACUCGGAGAAGGGUCAGGAUGUCAGGCGCUCUCUUGCUGGCCUUGACUACUCUCCCCUCCCUCGGGUCACUGGCCGCUCGUUGGCAAUGGGCUGCCUGGUCUCCAUGGGUGGCUUGAUCUUUGGCUACGACACUGGCCAAAUCUCGGGCUUUUUGGAGAUGCCAGACUUCCUAAAGCGCUUUGCACAAUCCCAAGGCGGGGGAAAAUAUAAGUUUAGCGAUGUCAGGUCUGGACUCAUAGUCGCAAUGCUAUCCAUUGGAACCCUUCUCGGAGCUUUGCUCGCUGCCCCAUUGGCGGACAGGAUUGGUCGUCGGUUCUCAAUCAGCUUUUGGUCUAUCAUUGUCUCUGUCGGCUUCGUCAUCCAAAUUGCAUCUGUCACUGCAUGGUAUCAAGUUAUGAUCGGUCGACUGGUAGCGGGUUUCGGAGUUGGGGCACUGUCAGUUCUUGUGCCCAUGUUCCAAGCCGAAACUGCUCCGCCGUGGAUCCGUGGCGCCCUCGUGUGCACCUACCAGCUUUUCAUCACUCUCGGCAUUUUCCUAGCGGCGUGUUUCAACUACGGGACUUAUAAAGGCCAACAAAACAAUUCAGCAUCUUGGAGAAUUGUUAUUGGCCUCGGCUGGCUAUGGACACUUAUUCUGGGAUUGGGCGUGCUUCUAUUCGACGAAACUCCACGAUAUGCCUUCCGCAGAGGGAGGACUGAAGAGGCAAAGCAGACGCUUAUGAGGGUCUACGGAGCUCCUGCCAACCAUUACGCCAUCUACACGCAAAUGGAAGAGAUCGAAAGCAAAUUCCGUGCCGAAGACCAGACAAAAGGAAACCCUAUCCAUGAAUUUGUAGUUAUGCUCAGGGCACCGAGAAUGGGAUAUCGAAUCGCGCUUGGUGUGAUGCUACAGGCCUUCCAACAGCUUACGGGCGCCAAUUUCUUCUUUUACUACGGCACUACGAUUUUCAAGUCCGUCCAGAUCAGCUCUUUCGUCACUCAAAUGAUCCUCAACGGCGUCAACUUCGGAGUUACAUUCAUUGGCCUCUACCUCGUUGAGCACUAUGGACGAAGAAAGUCAUUGAUCGCCGGGAGCAUGUGGAUGUUUGUCUGUUUCAUGAUUUUUGCAUCAGUCGGCCACUUCUCGCUGGACAACAAGGACCCAUCCAAAACACCCAAGGCCGGCGUCGCAAUGAUCGUAUUCGCGUGUCUGUUCAUUCUGGGCUUUGCUACGACAUGGGGCCCAAUGGUUUGGACCUUGAUUGCCGAACUUUUCCCCUCACGGUACAGGGCCAAAGGGAUGGCCAUCGCAACCGCAAGCAACUGGACCUGGAAUUUCCUUCUCGCUUUCUUCACCCCGUUCAUCAUCAGCGCGAUCGAUUUCCGGUAUGGGUACGUGUUUGCUGGGUGCAAUUUGGCUGCAGGGCUGCUUGUGUACUUUUUCGUCAUUGAAGGCCAAGGCCGAACACUGGAGGAAAUCGACACAAUGUAUAUUGAACACGUGUCUCCCAUGAAAUCCUCCAAGUGGGAAGCACCCCCGGCGGCGGAGAUGGCCCGGAUCAGAAGGCAGGCUGGAACUGAGGUUGCCCCGUCAGAUGAUGUGGAAUCCAGGGGCAUUUACAGCGGAGAGACGGAGAGAGGCCUUGAGGGAGACAGGGACGCCGACAAGGCUAGGGAUAGUCAUGCCGAGAGGGUUUAGGUGUCGUGGUCUCACUAUUGUGGAGAUUUCACCUUGUUAUUGUACGAGAAGUAUAGCUUUUUGUGAGGAAAAGGGCGAGUCUUAUAGUUUCGGGAGUGGGGAGUGAGCAUUCCAAAGGCCAUUUACUGUAG